GAGAACUCCCAUCUCUCUAUAUAAAUAAUAGUCUCCCACACGCUGUCCCUCAACUACAUUUUUCCUGCUCCUAUAUUCAAAGCGCACGCACACUCACUUCAACUCUAUCACAAACAAUGGAGAAAAGCAUGGAAAUCUCCAAAGAUAGUGAAAAAGGGGUUGUGUCAAGCGCAGUAGAUGGUUUCAUUGAUUACAAGGGUAACCCUGUUAACAAGUUCAGGCAUGGAGGAAUUAAGGCAACCAUCUUCGUUUUCGCUGCGGCGGCUCUGGAGAACAUGGCAAACCUUGGAACAUCAGCGAAUUUGAUAACAUAUUUCUACUUGCACAUGCAUUACAGCAUGUCAGAAUCGGCGGACAUGUUGACCAACUAUAUGGGAACAACCUUCCUACUCUCUUUGGUGGGGGCCUUCAUUUCCGAUGCCUAUCUCACAAGAUCAAAGACCCUCCUUAUCUUUGGCUCCUUUGAAUUAUUGGGCUUCAUGCUACUCACCAUCCAAGCACGCGUGAAGUCGCUUCAAGAGCCACCAUGUCAAAUAUUCAAUCCUCUUGCCAACUGCCAACAUGUUAAUGGAAGGAAGGCCACUUUUCUUUUCUCGGGUCUGUAUCUGAUUGCAUUGGGAUCAGGAGGCCUUAAGGCAACUUUGCCGACCUUAGGUGCUGAUCAGUUCGAUGAGAAUGAUUCAAAGGAGCGCAGUUUCAUCUCUUCCUUCUUCAAUUUCUUCCUAUUUAGUCUUUGCGUAGGCUCUUCCAUUGGUGUGACCUUCCUCGUCUGGCUUCAGGACAAUAAGGGAUGGGAUGUUGCUCUUUCCAUUUCAACAUCAGCCAUCUUUCUUGGCCUCCUCAUUGUCUCUUUGGGAUACACCAUGUAUCGCAACAAGAUCCCAGCUGGAAGUCCCUUCACUAAGAUCCUUCAAGUCCUCGUGGCGGCCUUCAGGAACCGUAAUCUUGACUUACCAAACAACGAAUCUCACCUGUAUGAAGAAAAGACCGGCAAGAAUUCAGAUAAGGAUAGACUUCACCACACACAACAAUUUAGGUUCUUAGACAAGGCCGCAAUCCUUCCCCAAAAUGAAGAAGCUCUUGUAAGCGACACGAGUGCAUGGAAGCUAUGCACAGUCACAAGUGUUGAAGAAGUGAAGAUUCUACUGAGGAUGGUUCCCAUCUUCGCAUGCACUUUGCUGAUGAACACAUGUCUUGCUCAGCUCCAGACGUUUUCGGUCCAACAAGGGAUUACAAUGGAUAACAAGGUAGGGAGCCUCAAGAUACCGCCGGCUUCAUUACCUAUCAUUCCCAUGACCUUUAUCGUCAUCCUCACACCCAUCUAUGAUAGGGUGUUUGUUCCCUUUGCUAGAAAGCUAACAGGACUGGAAACUGGGAUCACCCACCUACAACGUGUGGCAGUUGGAUUAGUCCUGUCCAUCCUUUCCAUGGCCGCAGCUGCGAUUGUAGAAUCAAAGCGUAAGGACGUGGCAAAGGAACACCAUCUUGUUUUUGCCAAUCCAAUGAUGACUAAAUUACCCAUGAGUGUGUUCAUGUUGAGCUUCCAAUUUUUUAUAUUUGGGAUCGCCGAUCUUUUCACCUUCGUGGGUUUACUUGAGUUCUUCUACAGCCAAGCUCCAACAGGGCUUCGGUCGUUGGGCACUGCAUUCGCUUGGUGCUCCAUGGCUCUUGGGUUUUUCUUCAGUUCUGUGUUAGUCAAUGUCGUCAAUGCCGUGACGAAGAAUUCUACAAGCAGCAAAGGUUGGCUAAAUGGUAACAACCUCAACACAAACCACCUCGAUCUGUUCUACUGGUUGGUUGCCAUCCUCAGUUUCCUCAACUUCCUCAACUACCUCUACUGGGCGAAUUGGUACAAGUACAAGCAAUCUGGGACGGGGUUAGUUUCUGAUAUGAAUGACAAUCAGGAUUUGUUAUUGUCAAAAGGAGAUUCAAAAUAGAAUGCCAAAAUAUUGAAUUGAUGUCAACGUUAAUAAUGACCAGAGAUGUUAUUUGGUUUUAUUUCAGUUAUUGUCUCUUUGAAAUAAUUAUAAUAAAGAUUUAUUAGCUC